UCUAAAAAAUAAUAUAUUUAAUAUGUAGAAUACUGUGAAAUAUGAACCGUUUUAAAGACUUUGUGACAUAUAUUAAAUUAAUAUAUUAUAAUUCUACGAAUAAAAAAUAUUACUAUGUAACAAUCUAACAAGAAUUAUUAUUAUAUUUCUAAAUAUUAUAUAAAUCACAUCAAAUUACAUCACAUUUAAAUUCAAAACGUAAGUGCCGAUAAUACACAAGUUUUAUAUACAUUUUAAUUUUUAUUUUGAACAAAUGUUUAUCUUAACUAAAAUUAUUCAGAUAUCUGACUGUAUGCAUGCAUAUGCAUGUUUAAUUCACAGAUUUAUCUCUGGAGAAUAUCGACAAAACGAAACAAGCGCGCCCGAGGCGCAGUUUAUCUGUCAACGCGGUUUCCCGCGAGACAAGCGCGAAUCGCGAGUUGUGUCUGUCCGUCAAAAACUUUUAUCCUCAACAGACCCAACCUGUCCCGUUCCAACCGCAAUCCUCCGAAAAAUCCCCCGGAACAUCAAUUUUAGCGGCACUCGAGGCAGCGAAAGAUCCAGUCGAAAUGUCCUGAAAGCCACAACUGCCAACUAUGCAGCCGUCAUGAGAAUGAUCAAGGACAAUCUAUUGAAAUGGACUUGUGAGAGACACGCUACCGAUUGCCCCCUCGAUAGGCAUCUCCUACGUGACAAAGCUCUUGAAUUGGUCGACGAACACGGACUGACCGACUUUAAGUGUUCCGAGCAAUGGCUGACGUCUUUCCUGAAGAAGUUUAGCGUCUUACUGAACCCGGAAGAAUCCAUCGCGCCGAUCUUCAACAACUACCGGCAUUGGAUUGACAUGAUGCGAUCCAUUAUCACUCAGUACAAGCACGAGGAUCUUUUUCACAUGGACGAGUUGACGAUGUACACGGACGUUUCGCCUACCGGGAUAUCGGUGUCGACAACACGGCAGGAGCCCGAUACGAGCCUGAAUAAGAUGACGGUACUGUUGUGCUGCAACGCCUCUGGCACCGAGAAGCUGCCACUAUUGAUCUGCGGCUCUUAUCUCGCUGAGAUAAUGGACAAGGAUCACGUGUAUAGUCACAGUAAGGACGCUUCGAUAAACGACGAUCUCUUCAGGGAAUGGUUGACCCAAUUGAACUAUCGUAUGACGAGUUACGAUCGCCGGAUCCUGCUGCUGGUGCACAGGAAUCGUAUCGACGCUUUGCGAAAUCUUGAGCUAAGCCACGUCAGACAUGUCUUUUUUCCCGAGGACUUCUCGCCUAUGAAAAGAGACGUUUCCCAUUUCAUCAAGAUGGCCUACAGAAGCAAGUAUGUUCACGAGGAGAUCGCUGGAGCAAUUCGCCUGGAGGAACUAUCGGAAAUAUUUCGUCGUAGGUAUGUGGAAGGAAUCAGAGAACGCAGACGCCGAUGGAACGUCGAGAACGCAGUGAGAAGCUUGGUGGCAGCGUGGUGGGAAGUUCCACGCGAACUUAUUAUCGCCAGUUUUCAGCAAACGGGUUUUCGAAGAGACGAUUGCUUCCUGAAAAUCCGUCACGAUACAUGGAAGAAUCUGGAGACAGGAGUAUCUCUCGGGAAGUUCGUCACGUUUGACGAUCACCUCUCGGCCGAUACAUCGCAUAAAGAGCGCGCAUCUAUCGGCAAACGUCCUAGCUAUAAUUUUAGGAUCAGAAAAGUCGUUAGAUUCAGUGAUCAACUGAAUUUCACGAUCUAUUCGAAGGGAAGGAGCCCGAUUGUUGAUCCCGCGCAAGCGAAUGGGAAUUUGAGAAAGAUCUAUGUGGAAAAGGACGUCAACUGGAGGGGAAAGAAUCCGCUGAAAAGAUCGCAUGAUGAGGCUCGAUUAGACGAAGACCUUUACGAAGAGGCUAAACCGAGCGAUGAAGCAACGUCGGCGAGGCCCCCGAAGGUCAUCAACAUUCAGACGUUCAAAAGUAUAGCUCGGGGCUCUAAAUCCGGUGACGAGUGUUCGACGACGCAAGCGAGCGUGAACGUAUCGAGGACAGAUGCGGGAUACGAUCGUGAGCGCGAUAAAACAAUCGACAAUGAGGAGAGCUGUAAAAAUAGUCGAGUAUUGAGCAACGAGCCAUCGAUCGGAUUUCCGGAGGUUGUCGGCAACGCGUACGACGGCGAUAUCACGUCGCAACAAGUGUUCGACAAUACGUCUGCCGUAAAUUCGGACACAGAGGAGACGACGAACGCGAGGGUGAUUUCCCGCGCCACCCCGAAAGACGAGAUCGAGUCGGCCGAUCUGGACGGAAACGUCGGGUGUUUUCCCCGGAAGUGGCUGAAAAGACGUCUCACCGAGAAAUCUGGAAAUAAUUCUAAUAACGAUGAACCGAAACAGAAAAGAUCAAGAACCGAUUCGAUAAAGCGGUGUGAAAUGGCAUUCGUCUGCGGCCCGUCUGACUUAGCGCGAACUGUAACUACUGUUUUCGCCGACGCGCUCAGUGAUAAUAGCGUACCGCGACUAAGGCGCUCAUGCGAAACGGAGAGGAGUAUCUUCACUAUAAGGAGCCCAGGAGGGAUUAGAGACAAAUUUAACAGCAGCUUACAAGAGAGACGAUGGAUCUUGGGGGAAUCUAAAAUCGACGAAGGAUUGUGUGCACUCAGCUAUCGAAUUGUAUAUACACAUUAAACAAAAAUUAAAUGCUGUAAACCUUCUAUAUAAUAUUUCUCAUUGAAACGCACUCAUGUAGGCAAUGAUAACUUAUUAUUUGUGAUCAACAAUGGACCAAUUAAUCAUAAUAAUCACGUAAUAAAUGCUUAAACAAAA